AUGUCUCACAUCCCUUUUUUUGUUACUUUCUGGUUACGAUUUCUGAUCUUGUCCAUUUGGAUUCACGUACCAACUUUAGCUUUCAAGAAAACUAAUUUAGAACAUUCUAAUUACGGUAAAUCCAAUGGUAUCAACCCAGAGAAAUGGUGGAGUUUAGUCAUAAGAAGGUCUUUUGAAAAUAGUGGUAUACCUAAAUCAGGUCUUGAACCUCUUACUCGAGAUAUGUUCUUACACGUUGGUGAUGAUUUCAAAGAGGACUAUGAAGGGGCACUUGCAAGCGGGAUACAAAGUGUGCUAUUGUGUCGUCCUAAGGAUGGUCAAGAGGCUAGUGAUCAUCAACUUGAUCGAAGUCAGUGGAUAAGCUCAUUACGAGAAUUGUCAAAAAUGUGUUGA